CAAGACGUGAAUGUAAAUGUGUUAAAUACAAUUACUACACAUUCGUUGCUCAGUUGUUCCAGUUGGUGUUGUGAUCUCAUAGCCAGUUCGCUCACUUACUCCGUGACUACAAGAGCCUGUACAUGUUUUAAUGAAACUUCAAUGACAUUUACAGAGGACCCGUCGAAGGCAUCAGGAUUUUACUGCGGUCAACGGAAAAAUGGCCUUCAGAUCUCCGCAGACAGCAAGUUUGUUCGACGUCACGUGAUGCCAGAACGACAAGAUUGUCAAUCGUUGUACGAGGAAGGCUUUACUUCUGACGGUGUAUACACGAUACGGCCGCCGGAAGGGGCGGCAACGGACGCCUGGUGUGACAUGGAACACGGUGGAUGGACGGUCAUCUCAAGGCGACUGGACGGUAGAGAGGACUUUAACCGCGGAUGGAAUCAAUAUGUAGCAGGGUUCGGAACACGUACAGGCGAGUACUGGCUUGGCCUGGAAAGCAUACACCUGCUUACACUCCUGAACACAUCAGUGAAAAUCUACGUUGAAUCAUUUGGCGAUGUCUCGCCGACAUCUGUCAAUGCACAGUACAGCAAGUUUGUCGUCAACGAUGUUUUCACCAACUACCGCCUAGAGAUAGACGGAUUCAUAGGCGACUGUGGCGAUAGCAUGGCUAUUCACAACAACAUGCAGUUUACUACAUUUGAUAACGAUAAUGACAAAUACUCUGGCAACUGUGCUGUUUUGUACCCCGGAGGGUAUUGGUACAAAUCAUGUCAUUAUGCUAAUCCAAACGGAUUGUAUCUAGGUGGGGCCACUGACCAGUUUGGGAAAGGGAUGUCUUGGUUCGAAUGCUGGGGACAUUACUAUUCACCCAAGAUAUACGUUUACAAACUCAAAAGGAACUAA